AUGCCAGUAAAGAGCCAUCUGUUUGCAUGCGAUGGAUUCAAAGAGGAGUAUGAGUUGAACGAGGAUCUCAAGCUGAAUUUGGAGAAAGAAAUUAAGGAGUAUGAAGAGUGGAAGGCCGGCAGAACUGAGGAAGAGCUGAGAGCUGAAGUCGGAGAUGAAACAUAUGAAGAAAAGUCUGAGAGAUAUGACGAGGCCCUGAUGCGCUCCGAGAUGGCCGAUGAUGGUGAUGUUUGCCAGCAGCCGGCGAACGAUCCAUCACCGCCUGCGCGCCACCCUCAAUAUCCGCAAAACUACCUUAUUCAAUCUGCAAAGGAAACAAAGUUCCAGUUCAUGGAGUGUUGUUAUCGCGUGGCUCCCUACGGUCUGCCACCGGAACAAGACACGCCGAAGCUGAAGCUGCUCGCCAUCGAGUCGCGCUCGAAUAUGAUCUUGGAUGACCGGGAUGUUGCAUUUGUCAAGGUUGACAAGCCCUUCGAAGGUGACUUGAACCUUUUCAAGUACCAGGACACACCUCUUAAGGAUACAACUUUGCUGGGCGUCAUCGGGAGCCACCGGAACAAGACACGCCGAAGCUGAAGCUGCUGGCCAUUGAGUCGCGCUCGAAUAUGAUCUUGGAUUUCAUCAUUAACAACCAUCGCUAUCCAAGAUGGAUAUACGAUUUCCCAUCGGAAGAUAUUGG